AUGGAAGCUCUCAAAGCUGAUUGUGAGGAGGCAUACAAUUGGCUAGUGCAGAUACCAGCUGAAGCUUGGGCUAGGUAUCUGUUUGACAAUAAUUGCAAGACUGAUCUAGUUGUCAACAAUAUCAGUGAAGUAUUCAAUAGAAUGAUUUUGAAUGUGAGGAACAAACCAAUAAGGACUAUGCUUGAAGGAAUAAGGAACAAACUGAUGGUCAAAUACAGUGGAACCAGGGAGAAGGCAGAAACAACUAGAUGGGAGAUUACUCCAUUCUAUGCUGAGAAGCUAGAGGAGGCAAAAAGGUGGUCCAGAGAGUGCAGUGCCAAGCUUGCUGAGGAGGGUCUAUGGCAAGUCACCAGUGGAAGUGGUAGAGUAGUGGCUGUUGAUCUUAGAGCUAAAACAUGUGGCUGUAGAAAAUGGGAUCUCACAGGUGUUCCUUGCAGUCAUGCAGUGGCUGCAAUACUGAAGCUGUCACAGCACCCAGAGGACUAUGUGCAUGACUUCUUCAAAAAACCAAUGUACAAGAAGGCUUUUUCAUAUACUGUCUACCCUGUUCCUGGACCUGAAGAUUGUACUAGGACAGAUACACCAGACAUUGACCCACCAGUGUUCAGAGACAAACCUGGAAGGAAGCAAACUGUCAGAAGGAAAGGAAAAUUUGAGGUUCCAGCUCCGAGAGAUUCAUCUAGGAUGGCCUCUAUCACUUGCAGCAAUGGCAAGCUAGUGGGCCACAGAUACACCAAUUCCAAAUAG